AUGUCCUAUCGAAGCACGAAUGUAGAGAAUCCCCAGGACCAAGUCUAUCCUCCUCAAGCCAACACGUCUGGUCAAGGAAAGAUGUACCCAACUAAACCACGUGAUGGGUACAACAAAAAUUUCCAAGGAGGCUAUCAGAAAAACACCUCUGUUCCACCUGGAUUCGAGGCUAAGCAAGGUCCGCAAGAACCUGGAGUCAAGCAGAUGCUUCAGCAACUACUUCAGGACAGUCUACCGGAAACGUGGAUCUCAACAAGCGACUAUCUGAGAUCAAUGGGAGAAUCGACUUCUCGCACCACGACCUUCAGACUAAGAUUGAAGCUCUCACAAGCAGAAUCCAUCAGCUUGAACACAAAGGCGGAACAGCUUCCUCAUCCAGAACGCAAGGUCAACUUCCGGGACCCGCACCAGUCAAUGAGGACAUUGAGGAACAAGAGGAGGAGAUUUCAGUUGAAACUGAAGCCAGCACCUGUGACUGAAGAGGAACCACCAGUUCAAGAGAAAGAGAAAGCACCAGAGGAAGUGCAAAAGAAGAAGAAAGCCCCAGCUUUCGUUCCUCCUCCUUACAAACCGCAACUUCCCUUUCCUGUUCGAUUCAAGAAACAACAGCUUGAGAAAGCAGAGCUCUGUUUGAUAAGCAAAUAA